GCCCUCCCCUCCCUGCCCACAUAUUUUUACUCCUCCUGGAAGCAGUCUCAGGACAGCAGCGGAGCUGCCAUGACAGCCAGCGCUUCCCAGUGGUGCAGCUACCUCGGGGUCAUCCUCUCCCGCGAGAGGCAGCGGCUGGAGCACUACCAGCAGGCUGAGGACAUCCUCCUGACCCUGCUGGAGGGCGUCCACGCCAGGGACCCCCGCUUCCUUGUGGACUAUGCCAGGAACCUGGAAGCUUUCGAGUUCGCUCUCCGUGCCUCCGAGGAUGCUGUCACUGUGGAGGUUCCCCUGCAGAUCGAUGCCGAUGCGCUGCAGGUGCUGGUAUGCCGGCCCGAGAACACCCCCGACGGGCACCCUCUGGGGCUGGGCACCUGCUACCUGGAAGUGCCUUCCCCGGGGGUGGGUUUGGAGGACUGGACCAGCAGCGUGGGUAGAAUGGAGCGGAGUGAUGGUGCAGGAUGCCUCCUUCCCAGCAGAGUCCUCCAGCACCUGAAAGAGCUCCUUGUUUCGGCCAUCGUGUGCUGCCAACGCCACUUCCUGCUUCAGCCAGGUGACCUCAACGCUGAAAAUCUGCAGGAAGAUGCCAUGGAGCUCUCCCUGCUGAUCCGUGGUGGCUGGAGGACCAUCCGCUUUGACAUCGUCCCAGUGGUGAGGAGGCAGCAGGAGCCACCCUGGCUCAGGGGCUGGCAGGGUAAGAGGGGCUUCCCCCAAGCCAGCCUUCAGAAGGCCAUGGAAGAGGCCCACUUCAUCCCUGCCUCUCCCCAUUGCUGGAGAUCCUCCACUCACCUCCCUGUGCUGAAGCUGCUGCAGGAGGUGGACAUGCUGAAGGGCCCUCGGCUGGAUAGCCUUCGCCUGCUCGACCAGCUCCGCAGCCAGGACUGGGAAGAGCAGGGUGGGAAAGGUGGUCUCACUUUCAACCACCUGAAGAUGGUGCUGCUGUGGGGCACAGAGCUCUUCCCCUCCCCAGAGGACUGGCAGGAUCUGGAGGGCUCUGUCUACAGGCUCCUGGUGAUCCUGCUCCGCUGCCUGGCCACCCGGCACCUCCCACACUUCCUGCACCCAGAGGAGAACCUCUUCAGUGGAGAGGACCUGGACCUCGCCUCCCUCUACUGCAAGGUGGAGAGUUUUGCCUGGAACCCCCAAGGCUUCCUCCGCUUCCAUUUUGUCCUCCCUGUGAGGACCAACAGUUGUGAGGCAGACCCCGCCACCCGAGCCCUCCUGCAGCUCCCUGAUAAGGAUGGGUCCUACUGGGACACAGCCUACUUUGACAUCCUGCUCCGCCAGUUCCAGGUCUACCUGAUCCAGGAUGGUGCACGCCACUCGGCAAUGUCCGAGCUCUACUCCAAGAUCCAGCAAGAAAUCCCACAGCAGAACUGAGCAGGGCCAUGCUGCCACC